AUGUCUCAUUCAGCAUCUGGAAGUAUCAAUCGAAUGAAAUCGGUCAGUGAAGGGAAAAAUAAUAAACAGAAAGCUAGUGAUAAUCAAGAAAAAAAUCAUCAAAAAGAAGAAAAUUCAUCAAGUGACGACGAUGAUGAACCAAAUCGUCCUCCGAUUCAAUUAAAAGUCGAAUUUGUUAAUUCCAUUAUGUUUCGUCAAUGGGCAUUGGCAAAAAAAUUAUGCCAUUUUAUGUUAAUGUAUGAACCAAAUAAUAAUGAAGCUAAACAAUAUGCACCACUUAUUGAUUACAUGUUGGAGAAAGAACAAAACCCAUCAUCAUCAUCUUCUGAUGACGAUGAUGAUGAUGAUAUAAAUGAUAAUGAUUCAUCGGAAAGUAGUAGUAGUAGCUCAGAUUCUUCAUUAGAUGAAGAAGAAAAACAGAUUGAUACUACUGAAGUCCAAACACCGAAACCAACCAAUGCUUCAAUGUCAAACAAAUUUAUACAACAUAAAUGA